AUCGAGUCGGAGAUCAUAAAAUGCGCUCUCCUCGCACCAUCGCGACCCGCUGGACCGCUCUGGCGACCAAGCAAGAUUCAUCAGUAACGCCGACAUGUCUGGCAUGCGCUACCUCUCGACGCGGGGUGGAGCUGAACGACUGACGUUCGAAGAGGCAGUCUUGCGAGGCCUCGCCCCCAAUGGUGGACUCUACAUUCCUGUGAACCUUCCAUCGAUUCCCGCAGACUGGUCCACACGCUGGCGCAACCUCUCCUUUCCCGCCCUCUCCUUUGAGAUCCUCUCGCUCUUCAUUCCUCCUACUGCAGAAGAGGGAGGCAUCCAGCCAGCCGACCUGAAAGCGCUGCUGGAGAAAAGCUACAGCGAGUUCAGGGAUCCCAAGACGACGCCGUUGAAAAAGCUCAACUCUUCUGCGAGCGGUAGCGCUCAAGAAUGGUGUCUCGAGCUUUGGCAUGGUCCCACGUUUGCUUUCAAAGACGUCGCGCUGCAGACGCUGGGCAACCUAUUCGAAUACUUUUUGCAGAGGCGGAACGCGGGCAAGGCAGAGGGCGAAAGGCAGAAGCUGACUGUUGUGGGCGCCACGAGCGGUGACACUGGCAGCGCCGCGAUCGCGGGACUGCGCUCCAAAGCGGACAUCAGCAUCUUUAUUCUGCAUCCAAAGGGCAGAGUGAGCCCCAUUCAAGAGGCUCAGAUGACCACUGUGCUCGACGCCAAUGUGCACAAUUUGGCUGUCGAGGGAACCUUUGAUGAUUGCCAGGACGUCGUCAAAGCGCUCUUUUCGGAUGCGCAAUUCAACGCCAAGCACAGGCUCGGAGCGAUCAAUUCCAUCAACUUUGCUCGCAUCCUGGCACAAAUCGUCUACUAUUUUAGCGCGUGGUUCCAACUCUUGCAACAGACAGGCGAAGCAUCUCCCGACAUAGAGUUUGUCGUUCCGACUGGCAAUUUUGGAGACAUCUUGGCGGGCUACUACGCCAAGAGGAUGGGCCUGCCAGUUACAAACCUUGUCGUUGCGACCAACGAAAACGACAUUUUGCAACGCUUUUGGUCCACUGGCGCGUACGAAAAGGAGGCCUCCGGGGAUGCCGGGGCUUCUCAGACUGAGCCCGCGCAAGGAAGCUCCGACGGCGCUCAAGCCGGCACGGCAAAGGAUGCGAGCGGUGUCAAGGCUACCCUGAGCCCAGCGAUGGAUAUCCUGGUCAGCAGCAACUUUGAAAGGUUGCUGUGGUACAUUGCCUCCGAAACCGCUUCCGGAUCAGACAGAGAAGGCGACGCGGGCAAGCAGUUGGCACAGUGGAUGAAGGAGCUCAAGGAGCAGGGCAGGUUCCAGGUCGACAAGAACCAGCUUGAGGUUGCAAGGAGAGAUUUCGAAGCUGAGCGAGUAAGCGACAAGGAGACCAAGGAGACGAUCCUGCGCUACUUUAAUGCACCUCCCUCCUACCUCAUCGACCCGCACACGGCAGUAGGAUUUUGCGCAGCCAACCGCCUCUCGGCUCGUCGAGCAGGCGCCAAGCAUCAAGUGGUGCUGUCCACAGCGCAUCCGGCCAAAUUCAGCGAAGCAGUCACAUCGUCUUUGGAAUCUGCGGGUGCAUCUUUCGACUUUGAGCGAGACGUCUUGCCAAAGGAGAUGCACGGCUUGCUUGAAAAGGAGAGGCGCGUCAGAGACGUCAAGCUGGCCGAUGCUGACUCGCAAAGCGCGCCAAAGGUGGAGAGACUGGUGGAGGCGACCAAAAAGGUCAUUGAGCUGGAGGCAGGAAAGGUCUCUGCUGCGCAAGGCAAGGGUACCGAAAGCGUAUAGGGAGAAAAGCUAAUUCUGGCCUCAGUCAAUUCAUGCAAAGACAUUCCAC